AUGGCUCUUGUUCCUCUCCAAUUAAUUGGAAGAAUCUCAGAGCACGAACGAGAUAUUUUUUGGAAAAAUGAUCUACCUUCUUCCGUUUCGUUGUGCAGACCGAUCAAGCUAAUUUUUUUGAAGGAAUCUGCUCAGCUAACGCGAAAUGAAGUUGAGAAAGUGCGAGAUCAAAUAAAAAAUCUGAGGCCAACUGAAAUUCUUCAAGACGGUCGGACAAUUACUGUAUAUUCUUCGUUAAUUCUAAGUAUGAUGGAUACUAAGGUAGUAAACGACCUCACAGAAACAAACUCGCAAUCCUGCUCAUUUUGUGGGAAAAGCGGAAAGAAUCUGAAUGACGCAACCAACGAUCUGAACGAGACCAACGCUGAAAAGUUCUCUCGUGGAUUCUCCCCUCUCCAUUGCUAUAUUCGGACAAUGGAACUGUUUCUUAAGGUAGCAUAUCGACUAGAAAUGGAAAAACCGACAUGGCGCGUAGCGAAGUCUAACGAAGCUGUCCGUCAACGAGAAGCCACCAUUCGAGCCGAAAUAAAACGAAGACUAGGGCUCAGAAUUAGCGAACCGUUACCGAGCGGUGGCAACAGCAAUGAUGGUAAUACCUCACGAACGUUCUUCAAAGAAUGGCGUACAAUCUGCGAAAUUACGGGGUUGAAUGAAGAUCUACUGGAGAGAAUGUACAUCAUUCUAGUUAUUAUCAACUGUAAGAGUGAUAUCAACGUGGAAGUAUUCCAAAACUACUUGGAAACGACUAGGAAACUUUAUAUCAGCCUAUAUGGUUGGUAUCCGCUGUCUCCAACUCUCCACAAAAUUUUGGUCCACGGCGGUGCCAUCGCGAAGCACAGUACUGUUCCUGUUGGAAUGUUGAGCGAGGAAGCACUGGAGACCCGGAACAAGUCUAUCAGAAAGUUCCGAGAAUUCCACUCCAGGAAAUUCAGCAGAACGGCAAACAUCGAAGACGUCUUCCAACGUUUGCUUCUAACAUCCGAUCCAGUGAUUUCCUUGAUGAAUAGGAAAAACAGCGAUUCUCCUUUAAACUCUCUUCCAGCCAAAGCUCAAGAACUUGUUAUUUUGAAUUGAAUUGAAAAGAUAUGUAGUUUUAAUUUUUAUUUGUUCUAAGCUCAAUAAACCAAAAUAUUAAGUAUAUGCAUACUAAUCGAUUGUUUUUAGAAAUCCAACAUAGAGAGAAAAGUAUGGAACCUUUCAUUAGGGUAGCAUUGACAGAAGGUUCUUUGAAACGUUGAUAGUGUUUAUUUUUUAGUUAAAAAUCCAAUUUUUUUAAAUAUGUUUUUAUGUGUUGAUUCUUCAAAAAAACUUAGUUCUAGACAAUUUUAAAGCAUUCAAUUGCGCACCUUUUUGCCGAAGACAUCAUACCUGUAUUUUGUAUAUUCUUGAAGUUAUGGCCAUUUUUUGAUGAAAAAUGACAUAUUUUCAAAAAUUAAUUAA